AUGUGUUCAAUAGAUGGUUUUCUUGAUCUGGAAGCUGAAAACAUGCAAAAAGGAAAACGCAAAAGAAAUACUGUUUCUUGCCGUGAGUAUUAUUGUUACAAACUACAAAUAAGAGAUGAUGAAAAUAUAAUUUUGCAUUCUGGAAGAUUAUUUGAACAAUAUACAGUGGAUGAAUGGAUUAAAAUUGAAAGUCAACGAUUAGAUUUUUCUUCGCUUAAUCAAGAUUUAUUUAGAAUAGAUAUGUUACGUCGUGGAGAAAGAGAAGCUUCGAAAAUAGGUAGAAAUAGAUAUCUUCCUCACAGCUUUACAGGAGGUCCACGAGGCAUGUGCUGCCGAUAUAUGGAUGCUAUUGCAUUGGCGCAGCGUUUUGGAAAACCUGAUAUAUUCUUAACUAUGACAUGUAAUCCUACAUGGCCUGAAAUAAAAGCUAAUAUCCUACGAACAGAUGAAGUACAAAAUAGACUGGAUUUAGUCAGCCGAAUAUUUCAUGCAAAGUUAGAAGAGUUAAAAAAAGACAUCUUAACGAGAAAUAUAUUUGGUAAAGUUGCGGCAUUUAUGUAUACUGUAGAAUUCCAAAAAAGAGGACUUCCACAUGCUCAUUUUCUCAUUAUAUUAGAGGAGAAAUACAAGUUAUUGACUCCUGAAGCAUAUGACAAAUAUGUUUGUGCUGAAUUACCAGAUCCUGAUAUCAACGCUGAAUUAUAUACCCUUGUUACAAAACAUAGGAUUCAUGAUCCUUGUGGUGCGUUAAAUCCAGCAAGUAUGUGUACUAGAAAAAAAGGUUACUGUAAGUUUAAGUAUCCAAAAGAGUUUGCUGAACAAACAAGUAAGGGAAAAAAUUCAUAUCCAAUUUAUAGAAGACGAAACACUGGAAAAAGUGUAAAAAUUAGAGAACAUCUAAUUGAUAAUUCAUGGGUUGUUCCUUAUAAUUCAUAUUUACUUUGUAAAUUUAGCUGUCAUAUAAAUAUAGAGAUUUGUUCAGAUAAAAAAGUUAUUAAAUACAUUUACAAGUAUAUUUGCAAAGGACAUCAUAAAAUUGCGUUUCAUUUACAUUCAAAUGAUACAAAUAUAGAAAUAGAUGAAAUAAAAGAAUAUCAAUCUGCUAGAUGGGUAUUACCACCAGAAGCUACAUGGCGUAUAUUUGCUUUUCAUAUCAGCGAAAUGAUUCCAAGUGUAUAUCACCUUCAACUACAUCUAGAAGGACAACAAUUUGUUUCCUUCAAAAGUACUGAUAAUAUUACUAAGAUUCUAAAUAAUCCUACGAUUGGAAAAACAAUGUUGACAGAAUUUUUCUUGAUGAAUGCUGAAGAUGAAGAUGCUAAAAACCUUAAUUUGCUAUAUCGAGAAUUUCCAGAAUACUUUGUAUGGUCAACAAAUAAAACAUGGUCCCAUCGCAAACAAGGAAAAGUUAUUGGUCGUGUUGUAACAUGCCAUUCAACAGAAGGAGAAAGAUAUUAUCUUAGACUUCUACUAAUGAAUGUAAGAGCACCAAAAUCUUAUCAGGAUUUGCGGACUGUAAAUAGAAUACAAUACAAUACAUUUAGAGAAUCAGCUGAAAAGAGAGGAUUGUUACUUUGCGAUAACAAUUUGAUAGAAGGCCAAACCAUUGACAGACAGCUGUGGUCGUCCACUUCUUUCACUUGA